AUGGCCAGCCUCACUCUUGUCACAGGUCUGGCCCUUCUGCUGAAUGCUCAGCUGGGGUCUGCCUACAAUCUGGUAUGCUAUUUCACCAACUGGGCCCAGUAUCGGCCAGGCUUGGGAAGUUUCAAGCCUGAUGACAUUGACCCCUGCCUGUGUACUCACCUGAUCUAUGCCUUUGCUGGGAUGCAGAACAAUGAGAUCACUACCAUAGAAUGGAAUGAUAUUACUCUCUACAAAGCUUUCAAUGGCUUGAAAAACAGGAACAGCAAACUGAAAACCCUCCUGGCUAUUGGGGGCUGGAACUUUGGAACUGCUCCUUUUACUACCAUGGUCUCUACUUCUCAGAACCGCCAGACCUUCAUCACCUCAGUCAUCAGAUUCCUGCGUCAGUAUGGGUUUGAUGGACUGGACCUGGACUGGGAAUACCCAGGCUCACGUGGGAGCCCUCCUCAGGACAAACAUCUUUUCACUGUCUUGGUAAAGGAAAUGCGUGAAGCUUUUGAGCAGGAGGCUAUUGAGAGCAACAAGCCCAGGUUGAUGGUUACUGCUGCUGUAGCUGCUGGCAUUUCCAACAUCCAGGCUGGCUAUGAGAUCCCUGAACUUUCCAAGUAUCUGGAUUACAUCCAUGUCAUGACAUAUGACUUCCAUGGGUCCUGGGAGGGCUACACGGGAGAGAAUAGUCCACUCUACAAAUACCCAACUGAGACUGGCAGCAAUGCCUACCUCAAUGUGGAUUAUGUAAUGAAUUACUGGAAAGACAAUGGAGCCCCAGCUGAGAAGCUCAUUGUUGGAUUUCCAGAGUAUGGACAUACUUUCAUCUUGAGCAACCCUUCUGAUAAUGGAAUUGGUGCCCCUACCUUUGGUGCUGGUCCUGAUGGGCCCUAUACAAGGCAGUCUGGUUUCUGGGCCUACUAUGAGAUUUGUACCUUCCUAAGAAAUGGAGCCACUGAGGUCUGGGAUGCCCCUCAGGAAGUGCCCUAUGCCUAUAAGGGUAACGAGUGGGUUGGCUAUGACAAUAUCAAGAGCUUCAGUGUCAAGGCUCAAUGGCUUAAGCAAAAUAAUUUUGGAGGUGCCAUGAUCUGGGCCAUUGACCUUGAUGACUUCACUGGAUCUUUCUGUGAACAGGGAAAAUUUCCUCUGACCUCUACUUUGAACAAAGCCCUAGAUGUGUCAACUACAGGUUGCACAGCCCCUAACCCACCUACUGAGCCAGUGACUUCUCCUCCAGGAACUGGGAGUGGGAGUGGGAGUGGGAGCUCUGGAGGAGGCUCUGAAGGCAGUGGAUUCUGCGCUGGCAAAGCUGAUGGCCUCUACCCUGUGGCCGAUGACAGACAUGCUUUCUGGCACUGCCACAAUGGAAUCACAUACAAGCAGCACUGUCAGGCAGAGCUUGUCUUUGAUCCCAGCUGCAAUUGCUGCAACUGGCCAUGAACCUGACAUUGCCAUUCUUCCCCAAACUUCUGCACUCUUCUUUACUCCUUUCCAAAGGCAUGUUGCAUCCAUUUAA